CCUUCCGGUACGCGAGAAGACGCGUCCGCUGAUCGUAUUACGGUGUCCCGCCUUGGGACUGUAGUGAUCACGGCGAAGCGGAGGAAACAGGCGCGUGGGAAAAGCGCACGCGUAUGCAGGUCUGCGACUUGACGACAGCAGAGCCUAGGUGGCAGCGGGUGCAACAGCAGCGGCAGAGGCGGAGGACGGAGCGUGAGGAGAAGACGUAAGGAGGGGACCCACCUCGUCUAGAUUCUUGCUUGCCAAAAUCGCCUUCCGCUGAGCCUCCGACUUUGCAGGUGAUUGAUUGUCCAAGGACAGGAGCGUAUGGCCAUGGCGGCAGGUGCUGCGUGAAUACUCGACCAGCGCGCAAAUGCCGGCUCACGCCUCAGCAGGUGUGCAACCUCACCAUGCUCAUACACUGAUUUGCUACCAUUGUUCUGUUCACGUCGCGUCGGCUGAUCCUCGCAGCGUCGAGUCUGCCCGUCGCAGGAACCAAGAACCCGCGACCCACCUUGAUUGCGAAGGACACGGACAGGGCAGCCAUGCAGAGAUGGAAUUCGCAUCUCCAGCCUUGUGCGCGAGACCGUCCAGCGCAGGCGCACACGACGCUGCGAGUGCGCAUCAGGUUCUACACGCAGCCGUGCGUUCGCAACCGGACGCGAAGCUGACGGCGCGCAUCCUCCGUGAUGGCAAGGCACAAGCGCGGUGCGGGAAGUCUGUGCGUGAGCUACGCGGCGUGCGGUUGCCGUGGGUGCCGUCUUGCGCCACAGCAGCCGCGCACGUCGGAUCCGCGCUCCUAGUGCACCAGACAUCACACCGCAUUGAACACAUCCCCGCCGCUCAUCUGGUGAGUCUUGCACAUGUUUCGCAUGGACGCCCGCUGUCCUGCCUCCUUCUCGCGUGGACGCCCACUGUCCUGCCUCGCGUGGGCCUAUGCUUGCCGCCGCGGCCGGUCUACAGUUGGCUGUCCGCAUCCCCGGAGCGUAGAUCACGGGGGACGCUGCUCGCGCGUCGUGCGCUGCGUACCCGCACACGCAUCACCAUGCCAAGAGCCGGCUGCCCUUGCCCGCAGGGCACCUAA